UACUCGUGUCUUCCUGCGCCUGAAGAAUCGCCGUUGUCUUCAAAUGCACCGCCUCUAAUGAGUCUCCGGCGGCCUGCAACUACCCCGCUAUGGCCUCUUCUCAGCCAGGGGAUAUCGCGUACCUACCCCAAGAACUCUUUCAGAUGAUCCUGUGCUAUCUCGAACCUGUGGAUAUUAUCCGAUGUCGCCGUGUCUGUUCGGCGUGGUAUCAGGCGUUUUCGAACCCGGUCAGCCUCGUCCCGAUUUUAAAAAGAAUAUUUCCUUUAGCCCGGGAAAUUUGCGAGCUUUCCCAGAUUGGCCCAGCGUCUUGCCUUGAAACUUAUCCGGAAGAAACGCUGUGUAAAUGGCGACUUAUACUAGACAGGGUUUCGGAACGAUAUUAUCGUCUGGCUCAUGGUCGACCUCGCUCUGCCAAGAAAUAUAAUUUACAAGGGACUGAGCAUGAAAAGGGUGGAUGCCGACUCUUCGAGGUGUUUCCGUGGGAAAAUCAUGCAAGCCACUUCUGGGACACAAUGGAUAUGUUCUUUGAGCACGCCUUUUGGACAUAUGAAAAAGGGCUGCUUGUGUUCCCCAAUAAAGACGAGGGAGGUCUUACUCUAUUGGAUUUGGAAACCGAAAAUACAUUCAUGAUACCAUUUGUUACUGCCCAAAAGGUCAUCCGAAGGAUACGGCUUCAGGAUAGGCUACUGGUGGUUGAAUGGGCGGAAUACGAGGCAUUCCACUGGCUGAACGAUCGAGAUAAAGUACAUCGCCACUAUGCCACCUCAUUUGAUAUCGUCCAAGUUGGGCAUGGCUGGGAUAUUACACUACGUAACGAAUGGAAAAUAAUGUUUCUUGGACAUCCUCUAGGUGAUAGAGAUAGGUUCUACUCGACUCAUAGUAGCAGUCACUAUGCUAUAUAUGUAUGGCAACCAAAUCGCAGCCUUUAUACUGCGGAGGAGGAUGCCCCGAUUGAAUCUCUGUCUAUCUGGAAUAUUUCCCAACCCUCUAACUAUAGGGCAUCUCUAGACCCGACCGGAAGGUUGAAAGAAACAGUAGACGACUCUGGCCCGUCUCUAAUUACUAGAUUCAGCUUUCGAGAGCUCGGAUUUUACUCUGUAAGGCAAGGAGGGCUUCCUGGGAUCAUACGAUUGGACAUUGAUAGUAACACAAGUUCUAUUUCAAUCACCGAGGCCCAAAAUCAUGACUUUAUGCUAACUGAACUGGGUAAUCCUCUCGAAUAUACCCCGAGUGUUUUGGUGACCACUAUUCCGUUCGCCGGACAAGGGCCUUCAUGGCGGAGAAAAGUUGAUACAUUCUACCCCCCGUAUCGCGGCAAUUGUGCUAUGGAAAUUCCCCCAUGGACAAUCACAGCACCAUGGCCUUGCUACUGGGGCAUCUGCGAGGCAACAGAUAAAAAGUCUCGUGUAUCUUUUUGCCUCUCGUACCUAUUUUCCCAAAAUUAUAAAGAUGAAAUGCAGACGAGUAGACUUAUGGUUACAAUUCAUGCUCUUGGGUCAAUCACAAGGCUCAGUGAAAAAUUAUCUGACGAGCUUUCUGCCAAAGGGAAAAUCUGUGGUGAUGAACGAUUUCUUGUCGGUGAGAAUGAAUAUAACCAGCUGACUGUGCUACGUUUCUAAUGUCGUCGUUUUGCAUGUCACGAAUAUCGAGGAUGAGCAUUAAGAGCUUACUUUAAUACUGUCUCGAAUAUAUUCUCAAGUUUGAAUCCAUGUUGAAUCCAUGUAGGUGAAAUGAAUAGAACCGUUAAUUCCGUUCUCUACCUGGAUAAGCAUACGAGUCAAGUCAUUCCACGUCUAGCUCAAGGAUCGCUCACUAAGCACGAAGAGGCAGACCAACAUUAAAUUAGAACCUGUUUCAAACGGGGGCUUUGUGAGCGCCAUUUUAUAACAUGCAUUCAACAUCUGAACAAUCAAAUUUCGAGAACUACCUGGAUUGACGUUCAGGAACAGAUUUGGUAUCGGGAAUCGCACCUCUCGAUUUCGCCAUUUGCAACAAAUAGAUUCAAUUUUUGUGACAAAAAUGAAACAAAUAAAAUGUA